AGAAGUGAGCCCAGAGGGUUGGCCGAGCGAAGAACGUGACCGCUGAACGCUAAGUGUCUGUCUGACUCGUUGGGAGCAGAGAGAAAGAGAAAGAGACGCCAAGAGCUCCUUGGGUGACUCUUUCUCUUGGAACUCUCGAAAUCACAUCAAAAUUACCCUCAAAACACACACAUCAACUCGUCUCUGCAUUCAUUCAGAUUCAUAUAAACCAAGACUAAAACGUUAGAUAGAAAGCCAAAAUGUCAGCCCCUUCACCUUGCUCGAUGUUACGCAGCCUGACCGGGAAAACGUGGCAAAAUUGGACCUACCCCGAGGACGAAGAGGUAGGCUUCGUGAGCUUAUCGACGAGUCCCAUUCCAUCGGGAUCCACCAGCCCCUCCCAUUCUCCCCAACCUCCGUCCUCUUCAACAAGUGAAGAGUUCAAGCAGCACGAGGAUGUGAUGAAGUUACCCAAGAAGGAUAUGCAUAUAUUUGGCCUUUGUCCGGUGUCAGAUGAGUUCACAUUGGUGCAAUGCUCAAAUUGCAGCCAGUAUGUGAAGAUUGAAGCCUUUGAACGUCACUUUCGGCAAAGGCAUGACCGUGAUAGGAAACCUCCCGUUACCUUUGCCUCACUCGUGGCUUCCAUCAAUUCAUCAUCCUUCGCAUCCUCAUCUCAUAAACCAAGGUCAUCUGAGAGUUCUUCCAAAUUCGCACCCAAGAUUAAGGAGGAGUCCAACAUAACCACCCCCAGUCUCGUGCCCUCUCGCUUGGACCCGCCAAUGAAUGUGUGCAACGUCAAAACCGAAAUCCCAGACGAAUCCAUGUCUGAGGACUUGAAGCUGCCAGAAGAUAUCUCCUCCCAAAUUGACGAGAUGAUAGGGGCAUCUCUCUCCUCCGCCCCCCGGUUGUCUAUGGAAGAGGCGGAUAGCACUACGAACAAUGUCAUUAGCAUCCCUGAUACUGACCAGUUACCACACUCGCUCUCGAAUGAUCUAAUGGCAAUGGUGGAAUCCGGAGGAAUGGACCCCAUCAAAGAGGAAAUGGACUCGUCGAACCAAUCUGCGGGUGUAUCAAUGUCGAGUAUCCCGGGGAUGGUUAGCAACAACUCAAACUCGUCCGGAGGGAUGCAGAUAAGUCCGUCCGUGAUCAAGCUUCAAGGAACGCCGAAUCCCACUCCUCCUUCAACCCCCCACCAGAAGGUCAGUCCGGGUAAAGAGAAGCGGAAACCUCAGAGAGAAUACCACCCUGACAAGCAUUGCGGCGUUUGGGACAACGAUGGCAAACGUCAUUGUACCCGAGCGCUCACUUGCAAAUCCCACUCUGUUUUGCUCAAGAGGAAAAUUCCCGGUCGAAGUAAAUCAUUUGAUGAGCUCGUUGCCGAACAUAAGGCUGUGAAAGAGGCUCAAGCCGCACAAGCGGCAGCAACGGCCGCUCAAGUGCGUGUCAUCCAACCUCCCAAUUCAUCAUCAUCAUCAUCGUUAGUCUCGCAAUCCAUAUCACUCCUGCAGCCUCAACCUCCGCUGACAGCCACCUCCAUAGGCGAAACCGUUUUGGGUCAAUUACCCAUCGAUCCGAAUACAAUCGACCCGUCUCGGUUCCAAUCCCAAAUCAUAGGUGGGAUCCGUCCGAAUGUCACUCUCAGUGGUACCAAAGUUCCUAAUCAAACCGCGUCUCCGCCCACCUCAUCAUGGGCCCUAGACAAACGGGGGAUGAUUGGCCGCGAAACGGACGAGAACCUGCACUACACCACAGAUCACCCGAAGCCAUUGGCUGUUUGCACAUUUGGAGCACGGCGAGUAGGUGGAAUUUUGGUGGCUGAUCGAAGUCAAUACCUGACGAGAAAGAUCGUCCGCGUGGCCAUUUCUGCUGGUGGUUACCAUCGAAUUCGGCCCACCAAUCGAAUCAAUGAACUCAAAUUCCAUUCGAGUGGCCAACUCAAGCAACCGAGAACCCUCAUUCAGGCCGUACCGCCGCAACGAAUUAUUCAGCAACAGCAGCAGCAGCAACAACAACAACACCUUCAACUCCAACUUCAGCAGCAAUCAAGUCCUAAUAGCUACCAAGUGAGCUAUACCCUUUCGCCAGCCGCCAACUCGCCGGCACGGGCAAGCUUGGCUGGGGUAAAGCGCACGGUGUCAGGGACACCCAUCAUUCAGACGUUCGGUCAAACCAAUCUGAGUGGACCAGGCACGGUUCCGCGGAUUGUCAACCUGGCCAACUUGCCGAGCGGCGCCGCUUUGACGGCAACCACAUCCGGGCCUCUAGGGAUCACGGCACCCGUUCAAUCUGAGGGGUCCUUAAAGACGGACGUUCAGGAUUUCAAAGGCGGGAUCAAAUUUGAACUAGGCCGCAAGAUCAAACAUAUUUUACCGAGCGGUGGCGAGAUCUCGAAAUAAGUCCUGCUCGAUCCGACGUGGAUCAUUAUUUAAUCGUAACUAAUAUCCCAUUUUGAUAAGUUUUUCACUUUGCCCACACGCAUCCAUGAAUUGAUUGCAUUUAUCUCGUGUUCCUCGCCAGAUCCUUACCCAACCCCCUCACCCAACAUCCCCUUUUCCAUAUGGAAUGACCGUUGUGAUGUCAAGGCGUGUUUCGUUCGUUUCAUUAGUACGUUCUUCGGACCGGUUACUAUCGAUCGUCUUCUGUGUAAUUCAUUCAGAUGAAACUCUAUGUCGUUCCCACUUUCAAAGAAGCCAUUUUUCCAUUUCCAUCAGUUCAUAAUAAUUCAGUGAUAAAUAUUGAACAAAAAAAUACAUGUUACGUUAUUGUCAAA